AUGCCUCAUGAGUUGGGCGAGUGGUUGGGUUUUGAUAAACAUGCUGUGUGUUGUAACGACGAAAAGACUGCUGCCAAAAUGAUGUGGUUGCUGGAUACCAUCUCAUAUCUGCAAGUAAAGGUUCUGAUGCCCUUUCUGGACUUCGUGGAGAUGCUAAUUUUAAUAGCGUCGCCCCUUUUACUCCAGUCCACCGAGUAUCCUCAGCAAGCUAAAGUCUAUGACGGCCAAAGUUUCGAUUUCAUUGUGGUCGGCGCUGGGUCGGCGGGGUGUGUUCUUGCCAAUCGGCUGACGGAGAUUGGAAACUGGAGUGUGCUGCUUAUCGAGGCAGGCGGCGAUCCACCGGCUUAUACAGACAGCCCCGGUUUGUCUGUGCUAAUGCCAGACAUGCUACCGGACUGGGACCAUUACACUAUUGACGACGGCUUCUCCAGCCAAGGACAGAGGACCAAAAGCAUACGGAUGAACACAGCGGAGAAGGCUGCGGACAUGAUCAAAGUUGACAACGGUUGUCACAAACUUUCGACGGGAUAUCGAAAA